AUAUGAGAGCGGCGGAGGAACCGAAAGCGACAGCAGAAUCCCUGGCGAUAAGUAUAACGAUAAAUAGUGGUCGCGAAAUGGGGGGAAUUCAAAGCCAAAUCACUCAGAACAAGCUGUCGUAAAAGGGAAACCGCAUUUUGGUGUUCUAUUUUUUUAUAUAUAUAUAAAUUUGGCGUGGACUGGGGUAAGGCACCUCCCUGCCUGCUCUGCGCCGGGGUGUGUGCGUGUUUUUCGGGUAGGCUUCAUCGCAUCACCGCGCUGCAGUGUGUUACUGGAACCGAACUGAGGUGCCACGCCGCCGGUUACAGCUGCCCUGCGCCGUCGGCCGAUACUAUGUCAAAAACAGAGAGAGACAAAGUAACACUGCGAAUCAAUCCUACUGACCUAUGCAAUGAAAAAAUGGCAACUUUGCUCUCUAACAGCUGUGCUUUGUAGCCAUAAAGAAGUGCAAGUGUGCCGAAAAAUAUAGUGGAGCGGUUUUUGUGCCUGUUAUUAAAAAGCUUUUAAAAGCAGCGCAAUAGGCAGCCCGCAUGGAACGAGCAGGAAGCAUCCAACUUGAUAUUCCGGACUUCAGCAACUCCGUCCUGUCGCAUCUUAAUCAGUUGCGAAUACAGGGCCGUCUAUGUGACAUCGUGGUCAAUGUUCAGGGCCACAGUUUUCGUGCCCACAAGGUGGUCCUCGCCGCCAGCUCCCCCUACUUCAGGGACCACAUGUCACUGAGCGAGAUGAGCACCGUGUCCAUAUCAGUGAUCCGCAACCCAACCGUGUUCGAGCAGCUCCUUUCAUUCUGCUACACGGGGCGCUUGUGCUUGCAGCUCGCCGAUAUCAUCAGCUACCUGACGGCUGCCAGCUUCCUCCAGAUGCAGCACAUUAUUGACCGUUGCACCCAGAUUUUAGAGGGAAUCCAUUUUAAAAUCAGUCUGUCAGACGUGGAUGAGGAGCUCGGGAACGGGGCCCACAGGACCGCCAACCAAACCAUUGAGUCAGGAAGAGGUGGGACCGGGCUGGGUGGAUCCCGCUCCCUAAGUCCCAGACAUAACAGCUCCCGACUGAUUGGCAACGCUGGGGUGAUCAACAUCCGUGAUGUGAGGGAGGUCCGAGAGAUCAGUCCUCCUGGGGAGUCCAUGAGCCCCCAGAUAGUGGAGCACAGCGGCAUUGGCUCGGAGGAGGUGGGAACUGGGAAAGAGCCCAUUCUCCGCAUUAACCGAGCUGGGCAGUGGUAUGUCGAGACGGGGACUGAAGUGGAGAGAGGCGGAGAGGAGAAUGUGCGGAUGGUGGAUGGGUUUCGGAUUAAGACGGAAAGGAUGGAGGAGUGGAUGGGGGCGGAGACCCAGGCAUCGGCGGAGGAGGGUAGUGGGGCCGAGGAAGGGCCGACAGUUAUGAUUGACACCUCAGGACGUAGCACACUGGUGCAGGAAGGUGGAAGAGGUGGGAAAAGCUCCCAGCCGUCCAGUAGCUUCAGCGAAACAGAGAGGUUUAGUCCAACAGGAAGUGUGGUUGUGAUGGCUGAUCGCCAGAGAGCCAAGAGUGAGUCCCCAGGACGAGUUGAUGAUCAGAGACACCCCACCUCACAGGGAGAGGAGCAAGCUGUGUUUGACAUGGGGGGAUAUGAGGAGUACCUCCGAGAACAGGUAGGUGACCGGUGGUUCCGCUACAACCCCCGCCUCACCUGCAUUUACUGCUGCAAGUCCUUCAACCAGAAGGGCAGCCUAGACCGCCACAUGCGCCUGCACAUGGGCAUUACCCCCUUCGUUUGCCGAAUCUGCGGGAAGAAGUACACCCGCAAGGACCAACUCGAAUACCACAUCCGUAAGCACACAGGAAACAAGCCCUUCCAUUGCCACGUCUGCGGCAAGAGCUUCCCGUUCCAGGCGAUCCUCAACCAGCACUUCCGCAAGAACCAUCCAGGCUGCGCCCCACAGGAGGUGUCCCACAGUGCCUCGCCCGAGACCACCACGGUCACCUCCCGUGGAGGCCAGAACGAAGAUGAGUCGCCCUCCCAAGAGGAUGCCGAAGGCAAUGGCGGAGGGGGAGGCGCGGGCUCAUCCUUCGGAGAAGGGGUCCAGCCUUCGGUAUCCACCACUGGGCCCGACUGAAAGGCUUUGAAGGAAAUCGUUACAAGUUUAGGGAGACACAGGACAGGCCAGAUCUCUUGAGAGAUCCCUCUGUCCCUUGUCUCCCACCAUCCACACUGAACGUUGGAAGGAGUUGAGCGAGCAGGAGGCUCUCUCAGCUGCUGUCAACAAGGAACGGAUUAAAUAAGGGAGAGUCUUCUGCGUCCUACUUGGACGAAGAUCCUCUAUUUUUUUCAAAGAUGCAAGGAACAAUUUGCUAGGAAUAGUAUUCUCUAGGGAUUUAUAAAUGGUAUUUCCGCUUUAAACCGCAUCUACCUUCACCAUACAAACUGAACAGGACGUCAAUAUAUGAAGACAAGAAGCCACACUCCAACAACCUCACACACCACUGGAUGCAGUGAUUUCUUAUUUUUUUGGUUUGUUUCCUUUUCAUUUUUAGUCUUUCCUGUCUUUUAUAUGUUACAUUUUUUUAUAUUUUUGUACUACUACAGAUCUUUCAGGAGAAACUAAAAGAGAAGCUCUAGCUACAAUUUGGUCAAAUUGCAUCGAAAUUGCCAAACUUCUCUGUGCCAGAAGGUGAGUUAUAAAACUAGAGGACAUCGUAGUCCUUCGCUACUUUGCCUUGAGACAAUCUUGAUCAAUUAAUCUGGGGCUAGACUUGUGUUCCCCAGGCAUGGCAAGCUUAGGAAAACGGGUUCAGUUUUUUAUUAGGGACCCUCAGGUCUGACCUAACAUCAGAUUCUUGAUUUUCAUCUUGUGUUAAGUGCCGAUCCGGCCUGCCAUAGAACCGAAACACAUUGCUCACACCUAGCCUCAACGCAAGGAAAUCGUAGUUCGGGUUUAUAAUGAGAAACACUCACGUCGUGUUAUUUUAACUUUUAAUGUUGGUGGUAAUACUGUGAUAUAGGCAUGGUGGAGAACGAAUAUAGCAGUGACAUAUGUAUUUAUUUCGCAUUUAAUUCCCGUUUAGGCCUUCAUACAUCUCCGAACUAGACAACUCAGCUGCUGAAUGUUGGCGAAAACACAGGAAAUUCUUCAACCUCAGAUAAGCUACAAUAGACCGCUCAGUUACCUCUCUCUCACAUCACUACGCAAUACCGAUCUGUCGCACGCGGACGCGUGGAUGCACUCAGCCGAAUUUAACGUUCAGUGUUUAUUUCUUUCAUUCGUUUAAGUCGCUCGUUGAGAUUAGCACGUCUCGCUAACUUGUUUUACUAGUCUGGCGAUAUUUAGUUUGUAAGAAUGUGUUUGAGCGGAGGAAGGGGUCCGUCGGAGGACUAUUAACCUUCUUCCAUGUUGUGUCAAGAAAUGAGUCUAAGGCAGAGACGAACCGAUGGACUUGGUCGCCGAUGCCAUUUAGGAAAAUGGAAACCGUAUGUCUGUGAUGACUGGGAAAUGCCGAAAUGCCACGGAAUGACUUUGAGUGUAAAAUUUCCCCUUCAUCUGAUGGAAGGCACUUUAACCUUGGGGUCAAGUGCCUUUACACUUGGCUUACGAACAGAUGUUUCCAGCUGGUGCUAUGACGUGAAUUUACUGAAGCUUUCAGUAACCAAAGGAACCGAAAUUUAUUGUGGAAGUUCUUAAACCCUUGAGAUUGGAAGGGCGAAGAGGAAAAAUGAGAUUACAUCAGGCACUUAAAGAAUGGGUGGGGUGUUUUUUUGGUUUUGUUUUAGAAUAUUUGUAUAUCUAUAUACAUGUCACUUAUGCAUAUUUAGACAAAUUUAUACUUGUAAUAAUAACUAUACAGAGACAGUUUCUAGAGCGAUCAACAAAAGCAAAGGCGUUUUAAACGAAAGCAAAGCUGUUAGCAUUUUUAUAAGGCUGUGAAUCACACUUGGUUGUGACUGAUUUUUUUAAGGAAAGGGUUGAUGCAUAUAAAAAUCAGCUACUGAUGUUUCCAAUAGGGAUUUUGUGCACCUCACUUCAUAUCAACACAGGUUAGAGCUUACUUUUACCGUUCCUCACAUCUGUGAACACAGGUCAGCAGGUAAACACUUCUUACAAAUAUCAGGAACUCACUGUUUACUUUUUGUGUUUACCUUUACCAAGCGGAUUUUCUUACUUGGAAUUCUAGCUCGGGGUAACUUGGGUCGACAUAUUUCACAAGGGCAGCAAAAAAAAAUAACCUACAUACAGUACAUACGAAUAUUUCCUCUCAAUGUAAAUACCCAUGCCUCAGAAGCAGUCGCAGUGAAAUACAAUCCCGAAACUGUAUAAUUUCUCGUUUGUUGUACAGCGCAGAACCCAGGUAAAUAGAGGAGCAUGUUAAUACUGCUUUUAUUUGUCACAAUGCAACCUCAUGAUAAUAGAGAAGGGCAAAUGGUUUUGUCUGUAAACAACAUAAUCAUAAUCUAUGUUAUAAUAUAUCAAGAAAAGAUGUUUGUUUUAAGACUUUGCCUUUUAAGUUUAAGAUUUUUAGAUUUGGGGCAUGGGCCUGUUUUGUGUAUGCCAAUCAUAUAAGGGUGAUAGUGACUUAAAUUAUCUCUAUGUGAAUGAAUUAAUAACAAGGGAUCUAUAUCUGUAAUCAGUCAUUCCAGGUAUUGUACUGCACAUUUUAGCAGUCGAAAUUGAAUCAUGUUAAUUUGGGUUUUAGGGCUAAUGAUAAUUCUCAGCAUGUUUUCCCUAUGUGUUGACCUUCAUAGCAUUGAUGGUUGACCAUCCUGCCUGUUCUUGUUUAUUUUAAACAAUAUUAUUCAUUCAAAUAUUAAGUUUGGCUUUUGUAUUUGUUUUUAAGCUUUAAAUAACAUGUGGAGGAUAAAUGUGUUGCUACAGUGUAUAUAUAUAUAUAUAUAGGCUGUAAUAUUUAAUGUUUCUGUAUGACAAUACAUCUACUGCAGUUUAUUGACUGAUCAAGUCAUUUCUAACCAAAUUAUGUCUAAUUUUAACAGUGUUACAGAAUGUGUAGUUUCAAAUGAAGCUACUUUUGAAGCAAUACUUCACCUGAAAUUAAAACACACCAUGACAAACACA